GAAUGAAGCAGGCGAGGCGGGCAUGGCGGGCGUCAGCUACUCGCCGCCCUGGUGGGUGAGCCUGCUGCACCGCCUGCCGCACCUCAGCCUGCGCUGGGAGCUCACCGCCGCCGACUUCCGCCCGGACGACGCCGAGUACCAGCAGGCUCUGCUGCUGCUGGGUGGCAUCGCGCUCUCCUGCCUGGCUCUGGACCUGCUCUUCCUCUUGUUCUACUCCUUCUGGCUCUGCUGCCGCCACCGAAAGAGCGAAGAACACUUGAAUGCCGACUGCUGCUGUACAGCAUGGUGUGUCAUUAUCGCGACCCUGGUGUGCAGUGCUGGAAUUGCUGUUGGCUUCUAUGGGAAUGGAGAGACAAGUGAUGGCAUCCACAGGCUGACGUACUCCCUACGCCAUGCAAACCGCACUGUGGCAGGUGUUCAGGACCGGGUGCUAGAUACCACAGUGGCCCUGAACCAAACAGCAGAGCCAAACCUGCUCAUCCUGGAGGAGAUGUUUGCAAAGCAGACAGACCACUUGCACGUUAUCCAGAAACUGCAAAGUCUCUUGGAUGAUUUGGUCAGGCAAACAACUGAGAUCCCCUUCUGGAAGAAUGAAGAGCUGUCUCUGGAGGAGCUGGCAAUUCAGAUUGACCUCUAUGACUGGUACAGGUGGCUCGGGUACCUGGGCCUGCUCCUGUUCCAUGUUCUGAUAUGUUUGUUGGUGCUCUUUGGGCUCAUCAGAAACUCCAGGGCCGUUCUUAUGGGGGUAUGCUUGCUUGGGGUGUUUGCCCUGAUUGUCAGCUGGGGGUCCUUGGGUCUGGAGCUGGCUGUUGCUGUGGGCUCCAGUGACUUCUGUAUUAACCCGGAUGCUUACAUCUCCAAAGUGGUUGAAGAGAACGCAGUGCUUAGUGCUGAUACUUUCCGCUAUUACAUCACCUGUAGCACUGGAUACCCCAACCCUUUCCAGCAGAAACUGUCAGGAAGUCACAAGGCUCUGGUGGAAAUGCAAGAUGAUGUUGUGGAACUCAUGAGGUCAGCAAGCAGAGAGCAUCCCACCUCCAAGGACUAUCUUACACGGAUCCAGGAGGUUCUCAAUUCAACAGAGAUAAACUUGCAGCAACUGACAGCUUUAGUAGACUGUCGGAGUCUGCAUUUGGAUUAUGUCCAGGCUUUGACGGGCUUUUGCUAUGAUGGAGUGGAAGGCCUCAUCUACCUGGUUCUCUUCUCCUUUGUCACAGCCCUCAUGUUCAGUUCCAUUGUGUGCAGUGUCCCACACACUUGGCAGCAAAAGAGAAGCUCAGAUGAUGAUGGGGAUGAAGAAUCAGCUGCUCAGGGGAGCAGACAGACACACGAUAAUCUUUACAGAGUGCACAUGCCCAGCCUCUAUAGCUGUGGGAGUAGUUAUGGCAGUGAGACCAGCAUUCCAGCAGCAGCACACACAGUCAGCAAUGCUCCCGUCACAGAGUACAUGAGCCAGAAUGCAAAUUUCCAGAACCCCCGUUGUGAGAAUACCCCGCUCAUUGGCCGGGAGUCCCCACCUCCCUCAUACACCUCCAGCAUGAGAGCCAAAUACCUCGCCACCAACCAACCUCGUCCAGAUGCUGGCAAUGUGCAUUAAGAUGAGAAAGCGAAAAAGAAAAAGAAAAUCAAAAAGAAAAACAGCAACACAAUAAAAACCAACAAAAACCCACAUGUGCAGUCAGACAAAACAAUGUGCCAACUGCUGUGCCCCUGUGCUGUCCUCGUAGAACAAUCCUGCUGUUCUGCCCCAAAUCCAGUGCAGCUCCUUCAGUUUCUCCAGCUCAGAACGCUCCUCCAACCUCAUACCUGCCCAAUGGAGUGGAAGCCCUUUUUGAAUGCAAGCCUUUGCUUUGUUGUAUCUGAUGUACAAGAGAGAGCAAGCAUGUGCAGGCAGAGCAGCUGAAAGAUCACCUGCCUGCCCUGGGCUCCACCUGCCUGGGGCCAGCUUUGUCAGAAUAAUCUUCUGCCUGCAUUUUUUCUCUUUCAGUUCCCCAGAGGAAUGUGGUGAAAUAUGGUGGUAGAUCUUCUGCUGUGAGAUCAGCAGAGCUGCUCGGUCUGUCAGAUGCUGAAGAGGCAGAGGCUCGGUGUCUGUGACAACGUGCAACCAGGGGAAGCUGAGUUGAUGCGCAGUGUGGCAUCGUGGUGGGAGUCCCCUGGUCCAGUGCCCUGUGUGGGGGAAGGGAAACCCCUGCCUCUUGCUGUCUCUGCACAUCCACUGUAUUUUGGGAGCCUGUGGUUCUGUUCUAGGAAAAAAAAAAAACCACUCCACUACCCUGAUAACUUCUUUUUUUUAAACCACUAAGAGAAUGCCUUUUUCUUUCCCACUGUAGCUAGCAUGUGAAUUCUUGAGAAGGAGCAGAGGAUCCCAGCACCUUUUAACUACCCUGGCCAUUGCUCUGAACCUGACCUCUCUGCUCCAUCAGGGAAGCCCAGGUACUUGCAGAGGGCAUUCUGCAGCAGGGUGCUGCCUUUACCAGGCUGACACAGAUCAAACAGGAGCCAGCCACUGCCCACUUGGUGCCAAACUUUUCCAGGAAAAGACUUUGUGGUGGGGAUUUUUGCACUAAAGAGUUUCAGCUCUCUGAUGCUAAGUCUUAUGGGACAGUCAGCUUGUGAAAACAAGAGGGGCUACAAGCACCGAUGGAUUUAUAGUAAAUGCAAGCUCUCCCUGCAAGAGUGACCUGUGAACUCUGCUGGACUUUCUUCUCGUUUUCUUCUUUUAUCACCAUUUACAGCACAGGGUUGUUGAACUGGCACUGAAGGAGGUUUUUUGGAGCCUCAAUCCUAACAAACUCACAAGAUCCUCAGUGUAUCUUCUGUGCUUCAGAAUCAGAAGCCCGGAUGCCAUCUGGAUAACGUCGUGACUAUCAGAACAUGUUUUUAUUCUCUUUGUUUUUGUUUUUCAAGGCACAUUGCUAACCACUCUCUGACCAUAUUAAGGCACACAUAGGCAUUUUUCUAGCUACGAGGCAGAACAAAGCUUGCAAAGGGGCAGCUGGGUGCCUGCAAAGGGCAACAUCCUCCACUGGUGCUGUACUUCCCACUGAAGAGCAGUGCUCCAACAGGCACUGGCAGCUUCCCACUGGAAGAGGAGUCUGCCUCAUGAUGGGCUGGUAGUACUGUAGAGUAAUGACCUUCCAGUGGGGAAACUAUGAUGUUCUUUUGUGACUUCUUCAGUUUGUUUUACCUCUGAGCAGGGGCAUCUUAGUGUGUAGCUGCUGAGUGUGGCAUUAAACAACUGGCAGAAGAGACGGAGUGGGAAAUAUCCCUCAAACUGGAGCUGAGCCAUUGGCAGAGGCAGUUAAUCUUCACCUCCAUGACAUUCAGACUCAGGGUCUGUUGAUCCCACGUUUGCUGUACGAGGCGCAAAAUCUACCGAUCUGCCUUUCCUCAAGUCAGUUGCCUUCUUGCAGUGAGGUAAGAAUUGCUCCUCGCAGGUGGCUGAGAUGAUGGUAUUGGCUGUGAAAGGGUACCAGCUGUGUGGAAAGCAAGCUUUGUGCUCCUCACGAGAAGAUAAACGACUAACAGACUGAAAAAAAUACAGGCCGGCUUUUACCAUUCAAAGGGAUGAGAAGGAAAGGGAAGAAGAGGCAUCGCAGAAUAAGAAUUGGGGAAAAAACUUCACCGUAAAUCUCUGGAAGCAGGAUUUUCUUGCUCAGGACUGAGUAGGCCUUUCAGACACAUUUGAUGGGCUUCACACUGAAAUAUACCUCAGUGUUAUCAAAUAACAAGGGCAGGGAGAGUGCUGCAGGGUGCAUGGAGGGACACUGUGGCUCACGAGCGCCAGAUUUUCCACCCUGUCCUAAAGGAAAACCUAGGAGUAGAGCAUGUGGCAUAGUUAACUCGCAGGGUCCGAAGUGUAGAAUUGCUGUCUAGGAGCAGCAGAGCCUUCCCCUUGCUUUGAAGAAAGAAGCAAGAUGCAUAUAAUCCUGAUGAAGACCAAAUUGUUCUGUCCCUUCAAGGAUGUGCCCAGAUUGCUCCUUAGGUUACCAUUUUUAGGGAGGGGAUGCCCUAAAUCUGUGGCCUGAUCCAACUCCCUGAUGGCAAGUGUUCUGGAAGCUUGAGGUGAGGAUGUGGGGAACCCUGUGAAGACAGGUGCUUCUGUAUAUUGCCUCUGCUGUGUACAGAAUGAGUCUGGAACAUGUGUGUGACUGCACUUCGGAAGGGGCUGCAUCUGAGUUGUCACAGCAGCGCUGCCUGCUGCUACAGGGGUAGUGGGGAAGCCUGUGCCUCUUGUUUGCAGCAUCUAAUGCAGCAGCCACCUUGACUUGCUUCUUUCCAAGGUUCAGCACAGCCACCCUUACCACCCAGAACAACUUCUGACAACACUGGGGCUUGCAGCAAGGCACAGAUGUGGAGGUAUGUGCUCUCUGACUUCAAAAUAUAACUGGAAAGAGUGUUUUGGAGAUGACAUUUUGCUCUCUGGAGGCCAGCAUAACCUGACUGCAGUGUGAGCUGUGUACUUUUGUCCAGCCAGCACUUCCUUUACUUGACAUGGAUAUUGCACUUUUGUAAAGCAUCCUGGAACUCUGCUGCCCCGCUGCAUGCUGUGCAGAGCGCUGGAUAGGAAACACAGACAAACGGUUUGGUUUUCUUUUAGUAUUGUUAUUACUUUUUCUCCUUUUUUUUUUUUUCUUCUUGUUUUUUUUUUCUUUUUUUUUUCUUUUAAACUGGAACCUUGAGCAACAGCAUGGCAUUUCUGCAGACUGGUCUGAGUAGAUCUGCUGAAGAACAGAUGGCCUUUGCCUAUUCCUAUGGCUGUGACACAAUCAGUCUCAUCCAUAUGGUCACAUUUUGUCUGAGGAGGGGACUCUCAGAAGCCAAGAUCUCCCAGACUCUGUGCCUCCCUCUUGAGUGAACAGCAGGUGCUAUCUGGCAAAGACUCAUCUGUUCUAGAUGGCAUUCAUGGUUGAGGGAGUCCAAACUCUUCGAGCUGUAGGAGGGAAAGCUGUAGAGAUUUCUCUCUCUUCCGUUGUGUGUCUUUGUUCUUAAUGUGACAAAAUACCAAGGCCAUAUCGCCUGGUGUGUCCCAGCUGACUUUAUCAGAACAUUUAUCAUGUUACUGGUUGCUGACAAAGGGGUCCAGAAUUCAGGGGAGCUGAGAUUGGCCUCUGGACACCUCGCUGACUGUGGAAGGAGGGAGGCUGGUCCAGCUGGAGGCGACUGCAUUGCUGAAGGCACUUCAUGUUACUUUUUCAGAAGCACAAAUGUGGUCAUUGGCUUGUCUGGUUGGCUUGGUUUAUUUCCACGACAUCAUCAUGUGUGAAUGACUUUUUCUUUUGAAACUGAGAACUCUUCCAAGCACACGAACAUCUCCACAAUGUGAAAUGUAAAUAGCAUGUUGGACUCUCGUGUCCAGUGUUCAAGACUGCAUUGUAAUUGUAAAGGAAAUCAAAUCAAGACUUGGCUGUGAAUUUCUUGUGCUGUCUUGGGAAUAUAACUGUAGUGUUUGUAUCCUGUAUGUAUUAUUAAACUGAAUUCAUUUUAUGUGCUGAUAAAAGGGUUCAAGCUAAGGUUUGUAGCGUGCAUCCAUGUAUCCAAAUGUGAAGGAUGGAGUGCUCCCUUCCCCUCCUGUCCUUUUUAAGUUUUCUCCAUUUGAUAGCUGUUAAUUUUCCGUGUACAGUCAUCUCAGCCACGAUGCAAGGAUGUUCAUUGAGUGCUUUGAGGAGGACGCAGUGCAUGAGGAUUUCAGUGAUUCCUAAGUCAGGAUUUCCAUAGCUGUUCCCUAAAAAUAUGCUGUGUUCACACGAAAAGUUUGGCUUUUCUGAGAGUAAAUGUUUUCUCAGGGGGCUGCUUGGCCAUUGCUCAUGAGGACUCCGGGUGCUGCCAGGUGUUAGCAGGCAGGAGUGAGUGGAUACCUAUAUGAGCAAGGUACAGAUCCCCGUAUGGAUAAACCCAUGUUUAACAUCUGGUCCUAUCAUUUCCUUUUAGCAGCAACAGAAAUCACAUGCUGAGCCCUCUGAAGGGAAGUGUUGUGGCUUGUUGGUUGUAGUCACCCUGCCUGGCGUAGGCUUGGGUUAGUUGGGUUUCUCCUUCGGUGGGCACAGGUCUAUGCAGCACUUCCUACAGGGGGAGCAAGGAGAAGCCAACAUCUUUCCCCCCAUAAUCAGUCGGUGUAACUCACUGAACAUCUUGGGCUGCGAGGGGAAAAGCCUUCUUUCAGAUUCUGAGGUGUAGGUCUUACACCUUGAGAGAUGGGGCCUGUCCUGUAACCGGAUUGGUUCUUUUAUCACCACCUGCUCUCCUUUUCCAGAAGUGAUGGAGGUGGGAGCUGCAAGUGGCUUCUCCACUCCUCCCAGGAGGUCCAGCAGAAGCAUCAGCUGUGUUGGUGGCAGUGCCUGGAUGUGCCACAGAGUGCUAAUGAGUGCUCUGUGCUUUGGGGGGUAGCAGUGUGGUCCCCAGCUGAGCCCCCUGAGGAGCGUUGCCCAAGAGAGGGGCUGUCACGGAGCCUGGAGCUCCCCGGUGCUCACCCAGCCCUAAAGCAGAACCCAAAAGGGCAUGCAACCAGAACAUUCAAAACACUCCUUUCCAGAAGAGGAGAACUGUAGCAUGAAGCUCUUAGGUGCUCUGCGUAUUUGAUACCACAUCGCUCCUCGCUAUGCAAUUCCAAACUCCUUCCUUCCUCUUCCUCCUCCAAUCUCACACAGAGGCUCCUCCAGCAGCCUCUGCCCCCGGGGGGCCCUGGGCUCCUCAAACAGCUUCAUUCCAUUUGUUGUCCUCCACGUUGGGUCCGGGUGCUCUGCUGCUGCAUCGCGUGCCUCAGGUCCCUUAGUAGUGGGGCAGCCCCACGAGUCGUAGUUGCAUCAUUCAGAGGGCAGUUCUUUUCUUGGACACUGUGCACAGAAACCUAAAGAUGAACACGUUCCUGGCCUUUUUGUAACUUUUCUGUUCUACUUCUUAACCAUAAUGGUUGUAUAUCAUACCACUUUAUAUACAUAUAUAAUAUAUAAAUAUAUAUAAUUUUUUUUUUUUUUAAACUUUGGACCUGCUAGUUUCUUUCGAGUGUUCCUGCACUUACCCAAAAUGUUUUUAAAUUGUGAGGGUUAAAGAGGAUUGAGCCCAUUUUUGUAUCUUUACUUUUAAUUCUGUAGUUCUAUUGAUUGUAAUGUAGCUAUUUUUUACUGUAACUUUUUGGUUUGCAAAUAC